UCUCUCUCUCUCGCUUAUUCCUUCACCCUUUUCGGCCAUGGCCCCCGUGAAGCCCCAGCACUCGCAUCUCCCUCCGUCUUCGUCGUUGUCGGCAUCGUUUCUCCUCUUCUGGAUCCGCGUCCCUCAGGCUUCUGGGCACUUUUUGUGGUGGGUUUCUUCUUGGAUCGCUGUUCCACUUGCUCUCGGCUUGUGGUUACUCUAGCGCUGCUUAUGCUGCGGCAACAAGGCAUUCUUUCUCUGUUCUACGGUGCUUGCUCGCUGAAUCGGAUCACUUUCGAUUUGUUUAUCUGAUUUCUACUUAAUGAAACAGUUACCCACAGAAAUAUUACCAUGGCCUCCAAGGGUCCCAGAUCAAAGUUAGAUUAUGAGACAAGAGCAAGGCUUCAAAAGGCACUUGAUGAACCAAGGGAGCCUCCUCCACCAAAGAUCCAAUGGGAUCAUGUUUUAGAGGAGAUGUUUUGGUUGUCCAAGGAUGCAUCUGUCCAUUUUCUUGUUCCUCUCGAUAUUGAAUUCAACAAUAAAAAUACAUUGAGGCAAAUCACUGUGUUUCUGACUUUCUGUGAAUGAUGAACCUAGGAUAUUAGUAUUGUGGAGUUGGAUAGAAAUUUGAUGUACAAAUUCUUCUUGGGGAGUCAUACCAUAUAUUUUCCAUGAAAGUUUCAGUCUUAUAUUGCUAGAUUAAAUCAGUGUCACUGUUCAAUCUUAUUUGAAACUUUAUUUCUUGGAA